GCAUAAGAAUAAGCAGUGGUCGAUAGAUACAGACGAGCUAUUGAGUCUGAUCACAUUCCGAAGAUGCCAUCGCCCAACGAAGCUAUCGACAAUGAUGCAGAACGAGCAGAAUCACCAACAUCACCGUCAACAGCUUUUCCAACAGCCGGAGGUGGUGGUGGUGCUUCUUCAUCUACAACCAGACCGGGACCCAGUUCAGCCACUAUCGCGGCGUCGACAAGGAGAGCUCCCGGUAGCUCAGCGCAGUUGUCCUCAUCCUCAACAAGAGGCCGAUCCGGCGACGGAGGACCCGGCAACAUCGCUGCAUCACAACGAACAGCCGCUGAGUACAAAGCAGAUUUGCGGUUGAAAGAAAGCCAGCUGAAACAUGUGAGCAGACAAGUGGCGACAUUGUUGAAGGAUCAUGAGUUAUGGAACCUCACUGGAGCUUACUUGGCAUCUAGUAACUAGAACGUAGAUCUUCAUGUAUUUUUUGCUUGCUGCACCUCCAGGUCACCUCACGGCCCCUGUCUCUUCAACUUUCGAGCUGGUUGCGGAAAAGCGCAGUCUACAGCACAAGUUUAGCGUUCAAACAACGUCCGCACGAGAGGAGAUUGAAAAGCUAACACGGCGAAACCGGAAUCUCAAUGAUAAGUUGACAUUGAGCAAUGUAUGGCAAGAUGAAAGAUGUGCUGAAUAGCAUCUCGUUUUCAGUGUGAUUUGUGUGGGUGUUCAAGUACACUCUUGAUGGAAAGGUUUGAAGCGAUGUGCAGACAAAUGCUCAGGAGAUUCGCAUACCUGCCCUAUCGCCCACAAAUUGAACUGAUUUUGUACCCCAACGAACUGACCCAUUUCAAUUUGAACCGCGCGCGGAACAACGAUGACGUACGAUAGCACAUCAAGUGGUGGCGCACAGUUUGAGCCUGCUGGCAGGAGUAAAGGACCAAGGGAAAUGGUAGGAGUCGGAGUAGGAGGUGCUUCAUCUUCAUCACGGAACCAUUCCGGAACCAGAACGAACAAUGCUACUUCUAAAGGUGUAUCAUCACAGAUGAAUACAAGUAGUUCAACAACUCUGGCACACUCACCAAUAGUGCUGCAGGGUGCGAGAAGUGGAACUCCAACGCGAGCAGGAUCACUAAGCAAUUCAGGUCGACAAAGAAGAAGUGCUUCGCCAGAGCAUACUUCGUAUUACAAAAAUGGUGGAUCAGCUUUGUUUGGGGGAGCAGGAGGAGGGAUAAGAUUAUGGAUCUACUUGUUCAGAGGUGUAAGUAGAUACGGUUUUAUAUCGAUAUAAGGUACUAUACGGGUAAGUAGUAUUCUGCAAUCUCAAAACUCUUCUCCUAAAAUCCACUCUAAUCUCGAACAGCUCACCCGGCGCCCAACGCGCGCAUCUUCUGCAUCAGCAGCAUGUUGCUAAACUUGAGGAUGAAUUCGCGCAGUUGCUUGCCACCCACGAAAAUUACGUACUUCUCUUCACCGAAGUUUUGCGGAAGAAAGAGGAGUUGACAGACAUGCUACGUGACGAGUUCGCUGGGGAGAUGCAGAGACGCGACAGAGAAAACGCAGAGAAGCGUGUCCGCUUACAACGAAUUCAUGAGGAGGAGAAGAAAUUGUUAGAAAGUGAAUGCUCAGCAUUUAUCGCGCAAAGGGAAGUAGAGUGGGAAGAGGAGAAAAAAUCAGCAGCAGCGAUGGCGAAGGUUAUGGACGGGCUUACAGAUGGUUUUCGUUUUGUUGUGUCAGAGUGACAACGUACCUGCAGUUGUAACUAGUAACCGCUCUUGAUGUGGUCUUAGUCGUUCUUUAGCCACUGCCACUGCCAUGGUAGUCAGCUUCUAACACUGAAUGGGAGCGAGAACGAGACGAGGCUAUACGGAAGAUGCAAGGGGAUAGAGAAACGCACCACUUAGAACUGGAGCAUUGGAAACGCAAGCACAGUUUCUACAAAGACAGGUUCGCUGAAGCGGAGAAGGAGCUGAGUGAGCAGAUCGAAGAAGCAAAGAAAAUGGAGCAACUCGCAAAAAAGAGAGCGGAUGAGAUUGAGGUAUGUUCAUAAUCACUACCUCAAUCUCAUCCGCUCUCUUUUUUGCGAGUUGCUCCAUAUUCUAUGAUGUUAAUAAUAACUACCACCGACACGAGCCACCCUCCCACUUCUGACUGCUCUCCUAUUUCUACAACUGGACCCUCUUACUUCAAAUACAGGAACAAAAUCGGCAUCUGAACACACGAAUGGAAAAAAAGAGACAGGAGAUGGUUGCGGAUGCCACUGCUACUGAAAACACGAGGAUGCAAGCGGUAAUGGAACAUGAAAUUGCAAGGGUGAAAUUGGCAUGUGAAAAUGAGAAAUUGGCGUUGAUUAUGGCGAUUGUUGAAGGUGAAGAUGUUGAAGUUGAAGAUGAAGAAACUGGAUUAAUACACAGGCAGAUGACUUUUCGUGAUAUCAGUAACAGUAUAGUUGCGAUUUGGUUUUAGAGAGGUUCAAUGUCUCUGUUCAUCCUAUUGAAGUAGCUCAAUUGUCUCACACUCAGUCUCCGCAACAUCACGUUGUAUCCUCUAACCACACCAACAAGUUCGAGCACGACAAGAUGCUUGCUGUAAACGAAUCUGAGAAGAAGAAAAACGCAGAAGCGAGCGAACGGCUGCGCCAAUCAGAGGACCGCUUGAACGCACAGUUGAAGGCUAAGGAUCAGGAAAUUGUCGAAGUCAAAAAGGCCUUGAAACAUGAGGCAAUGCAGGACAUGGAAAAACGCAGUCAAGAGUGGGAAGAGCUUCGAGAAAAAGAACUGCAAGAAGAGAAGAGAAGGUAUUUCUUCUAUCAGGUAGCUAGUUGCAAGGAGCGAGAUUGCAAGGAGUCAACUGCCAUGAACAACACCAGAAAAAUAGACCGUACCGAGGUGAUUCAGGGGCAAAAUGUGGUGUAUCGUUCUGUUGUUAAUAUGAAGGACAACAUAUCUGAUCCAUAUGCAGUGUUUAUCUCUUCAUCAGGAAAUGAAUUCAAUUAAAAUGGAAUAAUAAGUCAGAAAUUCUUGCAUAUUGGUAAGAAUUUGGAUCAGCUAUUUCUAAUACUAAGUCGUUUCUGACCUAAUUUCUCGUGCUGGUUGUACUGCUUGUCACCCAGCAUUAUUCACUAUCUCAUUCUCACCCCGCACGACAGGGCCGACGAGCAGCGUCGUAUGAUCGAGCGUGAGCAUAUGAUGGGGUUGCAAGAGCUGAAGAGCCAACACGAACUGGCGAUGGCUUCCACGCAUGGCAACCUACUUGAGCAAGUGGAUAGUUUGCGAAAGGAAAGAGACAGUGAGAAGGAGAAGCGUAUCCAAAUUCAGGAGGCCUUUCAAGAAGUGAGACAAGCAAGACAACAGGAGAAUUUACGGUUCUGGUGGAUGAACUUGUUAUUGUUUCUCAGACCCUUUUUGACUCAGACUCUCAGACCCUUUGAACAAGUGGACUCAGAAGCCGAGGCGUUGAUGUGUAACACACAGGAGGCAUCUUGUGAUUCGUUGUGAUCAUUGCAGAAAUUUGCAUCUUAUUGCUCCUCCAGACAUUAAUCGAGGAACUAGAGAACCAAAGUUCUACCCUCACAUGGCCCUCCUCAGACAACGCUACCCUCAUAUAGUCCUUCUCUUUCCCACCAACCUCUCUUUUCAUCCUCCGAGGAAGCCGCUUUCCGAUUAGAGCUGUGGUUUCAGGGCUACCAAUCCGUACGACAUACGAAAUUGGCGCAAGAAGCUUUCCGAAGAGCUCUUUCGUCAGACCCUGCUUCCAGGCGGAUGCCGAGCUUAACCGAGCGGUUUGCAGCACGUCGUUCCGCACCCAUGAUGCCAGGUGGUCCUCCAGCAAGUGGAGGUGCGAUGGGAGCGAUGGGAGGAGGAGGAGGUGUUAUGAGCUUGUGAACAGUAACAAGUUCUUCUUCCUCCGUAACGUUUGUAUAACGUAAAAUGAGGUUCCCUGACAUGACAUGACAUGUAUGGUGUCGUAGUGCUAUCAAUGACUCUCUUGAUCACCAUGAACCACGUAAACAUCUUCGUGUUUGAACGAACUAGGAGGGAAACUUCUGCUCUUUACUCGUACAAAGACUUUCUAAUCCCACUCCUGCUGGCGCGGGUGGCGGAAUGAGCAUGAUGGCUGGCAUGAUGGGAGGCGACGCGAUGAUGUCUGCGCGGUCUGGGAGCAUAGCAGGUGGCUCGACCAUUCCGAGUCCUCGAACUACGGCAAGAGGCUCUAUGUAGUAAAAGUUGAAGGAUUCAGAUUCUGGUGACUGGGGUAUUGGUACGACUUAUGGGUUUUCGUUUUCUUUCCUUUUAUUUGGUAUUGGUUCUAUCGCAUCAUAUUGAUGUUGACUUUUCGCAUACAUGGGACAAUUUUCCAAGAAAACAAGCACGAUCUUCAGGAUUUCACACGCAUAAGUACAUGUCCUCUUGGUCCGCUUUUGUGGAAUCGCACAGAAAGUGAGCAAAGCAUAGGC